GAUGGAAGAGCGAGCAAUUUGGCCCCAAACAAAGAUACACAGACAGAAGAGGAUCUGAGCUGAGGUCUCCCUUCGAGAAAAAUCUCCAAAAAAGUUGAAAAAUGGCGGUGUCAACAGCACCUCCGACCACUACCGCUACCGCUUUUCUCAAGACCGUUGACCGUCGUCUCAGUUCUGCUAACACUUCGCCGCUCCGUCGUAUCUUUCCCGCCAAUAAAUCCUCCAAGAUUUUAGCCAUGGCACCGAAAAAGAAGGUGAACAAGUACGACAAAAGUUGGAAAAAGGAGUGGUUUGGGGCUGGGCUGUUCUUCGAAGGAACCGAAGAAGUAAACGUCGACGUAUUCAAAAAGCUAGAAAAACGUAAAGUGUUGAGCAACGUCGAGAAAGCAGGGCUGUUAUCCAAGGCGGAGAAGCUAGGAUUCACUCUUUCAUCCAUCGAGAAAUUGGGGAUUCUGUCAAAAGCGGAGGAGCUAGGGCUUCUCAGCUUGCUUGAAACCGCGGCUGGAUUCUCUCCGGCAGCUUUAGCAUCUGCGGCGCUGCCAGUUCUGGUGGCGGCGAUACUAGCAAUUGUAUACAUCCCAGAUGAUUCUACCGCUCUCGUGGUGGUGCAGACCGUCAUUGCAGGUACGCUUGCUGCCACAGCUACCGGAUUGUUUGUUGGUUCGAUUGUGUUAGAGGGAGUACAGGAAGCUGAUUAGCCUGUUGUUUGUUUGAAUUAAAGUUUUGGUAAUUAUGAUUUGUGAAUAACCUAUGUUUGUUCUGAUUCAAAUUUGUUACCAAGGUAUAUGUAUUUACACACUAUAACUUUUAUAAUAUGUGGAGGAAGUUAUUAGAAAAA